AUCGAAGGAUCUACCCGUAGAAAUUCUUCAUACAUUACUCUUGGGAAUGACCAAGUAUUGCUUUAAGAUUGCUCACAAUCAUUUUUUAAACGAUAGUCAACUCAAAAAGCUUAUAGAAUUAUUCAGAAAGUUGGUAGAGACCUUAAGAUUCUUGUACAGCUUUUUCCUUCGAUUUUACAGAAGGCUAACUUCCAGGACCCUAACAUGUUUGCUGAAAACUAUGCUUCUUUUGUGUCAAUGUACCAGUGCUUCAACAAUUUGUCAUUACUUGCCUCCUUGGUGUACAUGGACAAGAUUGACAAUUUUAAUUAUUACAAACAUAUCCACUUUUAAUAGAAGAACAGUUGCUGAAGGAGGGUAGGCUAUUUCGAUGAUGAAAAUUUUAUCCUUGUGUAAUAGAUUGAAGUCUCAUCUACUAAUUCACUUAUCACAGGAAAUUGAACGAUUUGCUGGUGGCCCUCAUAUGGAGACGGAGAGAUGUGAGCGGCAACAUAAGUUUAUGGGUGAUUUACUAUGCCACACAAGCAGACAAAAUGGUGGAAGGGAUGUUGCUGUAAGAUUUGCAGAAGAGUAUAUGCUUCGCCAUAUUAGUCUGGGUGGAUUGUUUGUUAAGGAUACUUCAUCCCCAGUUUGGGAAUCAUGUAGCAUGAGUGCCACGCAAUCGUUUGAUCCUACAAUCUUUGAAAGAGAGCUUGAAUUGUUGGAAAACAAUAACAGUCAAAGAAAAUUAGUGGUCGGGCUUGCUGGAGUGUUCCGUAAUAGUACCAGUUCCGAAACAAGCGGCCUGACUUUGGGUAAAUUAGUGUCACAAGCAAAGGAUAAAGGAUUCCAGGUUGAAGCGUACAAUUUCGUGGCUAAUGCAGCAAUACCAGAAGAUCCACAGACCUGCAUUUAUGAAAGAGGCCUUGUAGAUGCUGCCGAAAAUGUUGUAGUCAAGAGAUCUUCCGAUGACAAUUUUACGAUUGGCGACCAUGACCAAAAUGCUAUUGAAAUAAUGCGUCGCAGCGCCCCUGUUUUUAAGCAUUAAUAAGUCAAAGUUUGGUAGCUAUUGGUGGUUGUUGAACACUAACUGGGGCUUAGAAAAACUUGCAAGUCCUUAACGUCCCCUUAAUCGUAAUCGUUUAUGGUAUAAUUUACAAUAAAGAGCAGUUUUUG